AUGUUAGAGAAAGUCGACGUGCUCAUUUGCGGAAGCGGAUCCGCCGGCCUCUGCGCAGCCACCUGGCUCGCCCGGUACGGCAUCCGAUGCAAGAUCCUCGAGCGCCGCGACGGGCCCAUGACCAUGGGCCAGGCGGACGGCGUGCAGUGCCGGACGGUCGAGAUCUUCGAGAGCUUCGGCAUCGGCGAGGAGCUGCUGCGCGAGGCGUACCAUGUGCUGGAGGUGGUGUUUUGGGCGGACGACGGCACGGGCGUGAUCAAGCGGACUGGCCGGACGGCGGAUACGCAGCCGGGUCUGUCGCACCAGCCGCAUGUGAUCCUCAACCAGGCGCGGAUCAAUGGCCUGCUGAUUGAGAAGAUGCGCGAGUGGAAUGGCCAGGAGAUUGACUACGGGUAUACCGUGACCAGUGUCGAGGUGGAUAGCCAGCUGGCGGCGGAUGCGCAGGCGUAUCCCGUCAAGGUGACUGCGGAGAGGAACGGGCGGGAGGAGACGUUCGAGGCGAAGUAUGCCCUGGCAUGCGAUGGUGCUCAUAGCACCGUUCGGAAAUCGCUGGGCUACAACAUGAUUGGCGAUAGUAGCGAUGCGGUCUGGGGUGUCAUGGAUAUGAUCCCUCGCACGACCUUCCCAGAUAUCCGGAAGAAAACCACCAUCCGCUCCAAGGCGGGCAAUCUGAUGAUCAUACCCCGGGAAGGCGGCAGUCUGACUCGGUUUUACAUUGAGCUGCCGGCCGGCACCAAGGCCAAGGAAGUCAAGCUCGAGGAUCUCCAGCAGGCGGCCAAGAACAUCCUCAGCCAGCAUUCGAUCGAGUUUGUCGAGACCGUCUGGUGGUCCGCGUACUCGAUCGGCCAGCGCCAUGCCGACUUCUUCCACAAGGACAACCGCGUCUUCCUUGCCGGCGAUUCUUGCCAUACCCAUUCUCCCAAGGCAGGGCAGGGUAUGAAUGUGAGUCUGCAGGAUGGUUAUAACAUGGGCUGGAAACUAGCCACGGUCUUAAAGGGACUCGCUCCGCCUUCGUUGUUGGAGACGUAUGUACUGGAGCGUCAAAAGGUCGCAAUCGACCUGAUCAACUUUGACCGGUAUUUCUCGAAGCUCUUUUCCUCGGGAGGCCAGACCUCCCCCGCCGAAUUUCAAGAAGGCUUCAUCAAGUCUGGCAAGUACACCGCCGGCUUGACGGCGCGGUACGACAAGUCUCCCAUCACUUCCGACGUGGAUGAAUCUGAGAAGCUCGCGGCCAAUGUGGUUGUUGGGAUGAGACUACCAAGCGCUCAAGUUGUCCGCUUCAGUGACUCAAAGCCGGUGCAGCUGGCCCAGUCACUUACUUCGGAUGGACGCUGGCGAGUAAUGGUUUUCAGCGGUGAUAUCAGCCUCGCUGAGACAAAGACCAAGCUGAAAGCUAUUGGCAACUAUCUCGGUUCUAGCGAAGGCCCCAUUCACACAUUCCGUCCCAAGGGAAAGGAUAUUGACAGCCUUAUCGAGCCGAUCCUGGUAGGACAUGGCAAGCGUCAUUCCGUUGAAUUGGAGCAGAUCCCGGAAUGCUUCUAUCCCAUCACCGGCAAGCAUCAAAUCAGAGAUCUUCAUAAGAUCUACUACGAUGAUGAGAGCUACAACAAGGGCCAUGGCCAAUGCUAUGAGUACCUCGGUAUCAAGCCCGAGAAGGGCGCUAUUGUCAUUGUCCGCCCAGAUCAAUAUGUUUCUGCUGUCAUGAGUCUCGAUGAAUAUAAGCAAAUUGGCAAAUUUUUUGCAGGAUUCUUGAUCCCCCAGCUGCCGGGAAGCAAACUGUGA